UGUCUAGCCGCAUGGGCAUGAUAUCCCGGUAUCAUUCCUAGGUGGCUCGAGCCAAUGAGUGCAGACCAAUGCGUUUGGGUGGACGCUGUCGGAGCCACUACUCGUCCCGACACCAUGGAACAGGCGUCCAAAGGGCUCGGCGGGCCGUUGUACAGCCCGCAGAUACAGCAGUUGCAGCGCGGGAGCAAGAGACGAGGAUCGCGGACGUUGCCGUUGCCGCCGGUGCUGGUGGGCGGGCCCGAGGUGGUGUUCAAGGUCCGCGCCCUCGACGGCCGCUCCUGGGUCAUGGUGGCCCAGCACGCCGAGGACCUCUCCUUUGCCGCUCUCAUGUCCGCCGUCUAUGCCGCAGACCACAGCUCAGCCUAUGCCCGCAGAAAGUAUCUGUUCUGGCUCGACGGCGACGGCGACGUUAUCCGCAUCGCGUCGUCAGACCACCUAGUCGCCGCCGUCGCUGACGCCCUCCGUGCUCGCAUUGCCGCAGCCCGCGCCGCCAUCGUCAGCCUCCAAGCCAGGGAGCUGGCGAGGGCCAAGGCCAAGGGGAAAAUCAAGGGCAAAGGCAAGGGCAAGGCCAAGUCCAAGGCAAAAGCCAAGGCCAAGGCCAAGGCCAAAGCCAAGGCCCUCGCUCGUCGUGACGGUAUUGACCUGCAUCAGCCGCUCAAGAUCAAGCUCUAUCUGCGCAAGUCGCACGUCCCGCCACCGGCGCCGGUACCUUCUGCCAAGGCCGAAAGUCACACACGCUCGCAUCGGCGCAGUGACCACUUGCAGUCGCGCCCACAGAGCGAUGGCCGCGAGAACUUGGUCGGCGCGCCGCAACUCCCUCACCCCGACCCGCAACACACAGGCUCGGCGCCGCAGCCCACCAGCACGCCAGUACCAGUGCCACCCCCAUCAGCGCCCAGUGUGCCCAUCGCAGCUGGUGGUCCGCCACCGCCACCGCCACCGCCACCGCCGCCGCCGCAGCCGUCUGGGUCAGCGGGAGGCGCGCCACCACCACCGCCACCACCGCCGCCUCCGCCGCCAGGCACCGGCUCGAGUUCUACCGGCCACACGGCAAGUAACCUCAUGGAUGCCAUCAAAGCCGGCAAGCGACUCAAGACCGUGGACGAGUCGGCCAAGAAGGCCAAGGCCAAGUCGCCGCAGUCGGAUCUUCUGGCGUCGAUCCAGGGGCUCGACAAGAACUCGGUCCUGCGCAAGGUCUCGCCCGAGGAGAUCGCAGCCAAGCCAAAGCGCGAGCUGACCGGGCGCGAGCUGAUGAUGGCCAAGAUCCGCGCAGGCGCCAAGGAGCAGCUUCGCGAGGUGACGGAGGAGGACAAGAAGAAGCCGCCGCCCAAGCUCGAGGGCCGCGACCUGAUGAUGGCCAUCAUCCGCGACAAGCCCGAGCUGAAGAAACUCGACCGCGCCUCCAUUCCGCCACCCAAGAAGGAGGUCACCCCACGUGACGAGCUGCUCCAGUCGCUAGCCGCCGCCAAGAAGCUUCGCAAGGUCAAGCCGAAGGAGACACCCACGCUUCUCGGCAUCACGCCCGACCUUAUGGGCGGGCGCGGCUUCUUUGGCGUUCGCAAGAUGGAUCUCGUCGAUGGCCCGCUGCCGCCCUUGGAGGCGCCGGCUCCUCCGCCUGCGGCAGCUGGGCCAGCUCCCACGCCCGACACCGACAGCAAGGCCGAGAUCAGCGGCGGAGCGGCACUCGAGGCCGAGACGGCGGCACUCCGUGCGCGUGUGGCCGCGCGACGUCCGCUGGUGGCGCUAUUGGCUGGCGAGGCGGACUCGGGCGACGGCGGGCUGGCGGCGGCGGCCGACAUGGCCGGCGCGGCGGCGGCGCUGAGCGCGGCCGGAGCCCGGACGACAGAUGUGGCACGCGGGAUGGUGCGGCUGCGGCUGGAUCGUGAUGUAGCUGUGGCUGAGGCUGCUGAGGCCGGCGCACGUGCUGCUAGAAUGGUGGCUGAUGCUGCAGACGCCCGCGCGGCGGACGACGCCGAUGAUGCUGCCAAGAGCCAGUAUCUACGGGCCAAGGCUGGCGAGUAUGCUGACGCCGUCGGUGAGAUGGAGGCGCGGAUAGAGGCGCUGGCCAUUGACGGCCGCACGCAUCCACAGCUGACGGCGCUGGCCGCCGAGCUCGCCGACGUCCGCAGCGAGCUUGAACCGCGGCUCAAGCGGCUGGAGGCCUACCGCGACCUCCCACCGGACUUGCAUCUGGCGUCGGUGGCCCUCGUCCGCGCCCGCGAGCGGCUGGGCGUGCUGGAGGAUGAGAUCGGUGCCCUCAUUGCCGGCAUCCGGCCGUCGUUCGACGAGUAG